UCUGGACUGAGCGACUCCUCCCCCUUCAAAUUCCAAACACGAAGUACCCACUGCUUCCAAGAAGCCAAAAUCCCAUAGACUUAUAUGGAGAAAUAAAAUAUUACACAGUAAUUAGUUUUGUCAGAAUAGUGGUUCUUGCUAAUCCUAUUUUUUUUUUGUCUUAUUCGAUUUAUAAACUGGCCAAUUAGAGGCCUCGUAACUAUGUGGCCUCAUGUCAAAUAUUAAAAAAUUUUGGCAGAUUCUGUUGUGAGCCCUGUGUAUAUUUCCUAAGUCCAAACAAGGCCAGAACCACCUCCCUUCCACCAAUAUUUUACCACAUGGUGCUCCUAAAAAUAUUUUUCUUUUAGUGUGUUUUCUUCACCUUCCUCCACCGCUUUCACCUUCCCCCUCCCCUCUUCCCUAUCAUCACCCAUCUUCUCUUCGGGUCUCAGCUGUUGCUUUUAUGAAAACAAGACACUCGAUUAUGUCCGCCCCACCAUUUGUCGAAGCUCCAUCCGAAACCUCAUAAUUCCAGCACGGCUUACAUCGACCCAACAAUUUCUGACACCGGCCCGAGGCUUGAGAGAUGAUUGCACUUUACAGGUGCAUCGGCGACACUGUGGAGGCUGCAGAUUCGGGGAUUAGUGGUCAAUUGAUCACAAUGACUGGCUUACAUACAAGAAUCUGUCUGGACAGACACUAAAGUGAUCAUAAGUCUUUCGGCGGUGAGUGGCCUGAUCACGUUUCUUGACGGCGUGAUCCUGUGUUUGGUUGAGAUGAGGAACCACCGGGUGUCAGGAAUGAUUGUGUUUUGGUUGUUGAACAUUCCAACUAAUGAGAUUUUAUAUGACAGGGUGACGGGGCGGGUCACUAAAGUCUUUAAGGUGGUACCGAGCUUUAACUAAACCCAAAGAAACUAUCCACUAAAUUAAAAAAAAACGUUUUUUUUUAUUUUCUUCUCUUAUAUAAAUAGCUGCAACAAUAAUAUAUAUUUGCUAUUUAAAUUCUCUCUUGGCCAUAAAAUAUGGCCUUUAUCUUGAAAAAAUGUAUUAGCUGGAUGUUUUUUCCAUAAAUUAUUCAUUAAAUUUUUGAACAAAAUUGAUAAAUCCUAUAGGAUGUCUAUAUCAACAAUAUUUGCCACAAUCAAUCAUAAAAUUUCAAAUUUAAUACAAUUCCCAGAAGAAAAAAAGAAAUAACCACUGAUAAGGAUUAUAAUAUUAAAGACCUGUCACUUUGCAAAUGCUAAAAUAUAUAUUUUAUCUUUGCUAUCUGGUAGAUAUUAAAAGAAAUGUCCAAUUAAAUGUCUAGAUCAGGUAAGAAAAUGCAGUGAUGGGGAAAAGAGGAGGGGAAUGGAUGAGGCUGAAGUGAGGAAGGAGGGAGAGUGGGAGGAGAGUGACGAUGAUGGGGGAGUGUUGAUUAUUCCUCAUAUUUCAAGAGAGGUCCCGGCGACAGAUCUCCAUACAGUAUCUUGGGGUACUCCGGUCGUUGUGUCUGUUUGUCUCUGGAUCCCCAAAGGGGCGGGAGGGGUUGAUUCAGAUCAGAACCGAUUAACUGCUCCUGAUUUUUUUUUCUAUCUUUCUGUCAUCUUUUUGUCUUUACUCUCACCCCUUGACUAAUCUUAAAAUUUUAAUUUUUUCUACAAUAUUUUACUUUUAUGCUGAGAAUUUGUACUUUCAUUUUACUCACUUAUUUAAGGUCUUAUUGAAGAGAAAGCAAUCUGCAACAGUUGGCAGUGCACUGAAAAUAAUCAGCUCUGGAAUUAAUUUUCCAUAACUAGCGACUGGUAGAGGAUUGACCAACCACUUUUUCCUACAGUUUUUGCUGCACCCCUGAGAGGGAAUCCCUCCUGAAGAGAUGUCUUCAGUCAUAGCGCCUGAAAAGCCACCGUCCAACACCAUGGGUCCCAAAGAGGUGGAGCUGAUCCUUGUCAAAGAGCAGAAUGGGGUUCAGUUUACUUCGACCACCUUAGUCACUCCGGCUGCACCGCAAGCACACCCCAGUGGAGAGGAGGAGAGGGAGACCUGGGGCAAGAAAAUCGACUUCCUGUUGUCUGUGAUUGGAUUUGCCGUGGACCUCGCAAAUGUCUGGAGAUUUCCUUACCUCUGCUACAAGAACGGAGGAGGUGCCUUCCUGGUGCCGUACCUGUUCUUCAUGGUAAUAGCAGGAAUGCCUCUCUUCUACAUGGAGCUGGCUCUGGGGCAGUACAACAGAGAGGGGGCUGCUGGGGUCUGGAAGAUAUGCCCCAUAUUUAAAGGUGUAGGCUUUACAGUCAUCCUAAUUUCUCUUUAUGUUGGCUUCUACUACAACGUGAUUAUCUCCUGGGCCCUCUUCUACCUCUUUUCGUCAUUCACCCGUGAGCUACCGUGGGUCCACUGCAACAACACCUGGAACAGUCCAAACUGCUCAGAUUGGGCUGACAACAACUCAGUCAGCGACAUUUACACAGCAACACCGGCUCAGGAGUACUUCGAACGCGGGGUCCUUCAUAUUCAGGACAGUAAUGGUAUUGAUGACCUGGGCCGUCCCCGCUGGCAGCUGACUGCGUGUUUGGCUGUAGUGAUCGUCUUACUUUACUUUAGUCUCUGGAAGGGAGUCAAAACCUCCGGAAAGGUUGUGUGGAUCACAGCCACCAUGCCCUAUGUUGUCCUGACUGUUCUGCUGCUGCGUGGAGUCACCCUGCCCGGAGCCAUCGAUGGCAUUAAAGCCUACCUUUCCGUGGACUUCCUGAGACUCUGUGAUGCCAAGGUCUGGAUUGAGGCAGCAACGCAGAUCUGUUUCUCCCUGGGAGUGGGGUUUGGUGUGCUAAUUGCCUUUUCCAGCUACAACAAAUUCAGUAACAACUGUUACAGAGAUGCCAUCAUAACCAGCUCCAUCAACUCUUUAACCAGUUUCUUCUCUGGCUUUGUGGUCUUCUCCUUUCUUGGGUACAUGUCCCACAAGCACAACGUGGCUCUUGAUAAGGUUGCUCGGGAUGGUGCCGGCUUGGUCUUUGUCAUUUAUCCUGAAGCUAUUGCAACAUUACCUGGGUCGUCAGUGUGGGCCGUUAUAUUUUUUAUUAUGCUGCUGACUUUGGGCAUUGAUAGUGCUAUGGGUGGGAUGGAGUCAGUGAUCACAGGACUAAUUGAUGAAUUCAAAUUCCUCCACAAGCACAGGGAGCUGUUCACUCUCUUUAUCGUUGUUUCCACCUUUCUGAUAUCCCUCUUCUGUGUCACAAAUGGAGGCAUGUAUGUAUUUACUCUGCUGGACCACUUUGCCGCAGGAACAUCGAUUCUCUUUGGAGUGCUUAUUGAAGCCAUCGGCAUCGCUUGGUUCUAUGGUGUUGAUCGUUUUAGUGACGACAUCAAGGAGAUGAUUGGGCAUCGACCAGGCAGGUACUGGAGGCUUUGCUGGAAGUUUGUCAGCCCGUGCUUCCUUCUGUUUAUGGUUGUUGUGAGCUUUGCCACGUUCAACCCUCCCAACUACGGCUCCUACAUGUUUCCGCCAUGGGCUAACAUGCUGGGGUGGUGUCUGGCUAUGUCCUCGAUGACCAUGGUUCCUCUCUAUGCCAUUUACAAACUCUGCACACUGCCUGGAAAGUUUUGCCACAGGUUAGCUUAUGCCAUCACUCCAGAGACAGAGCAUCAUCUGGUAGACAACGGGGAGGUUCGGCAGUUCACUCUGCAUCACUGGUUGGUGGUCUGAAAGCUGGAAAGAGCAGAGCAGAGCGACAGGAGGAGACAGACUGAUGAAAGGGAUGCGGGGUGGAUGGAUGGAUGCAUACACAACAAAGGUCUGAAGAGCUACGAAGAGGAAAGCCAUUUAUACUGAUUACGCUGAUGUCCACAGACCGAGACACUUAGAAGUGCCAAUGAUUAAAAAAAAAAGGAGAAAAAAAA